GGAACAAAUGUGAUAGUCGAGAUGUUUGUGACGUCUAUUGCACGACGCUAGAGAACAGCGGUGGCUUUUGCACGGAAGCAGACGAUCCAGAAUGCCACUGCUACAAGAUGUCUACUUAUGGGGGAACAUCCUGGCUGUUAGAUUAUCGAAGAACUUGGCGACCAAAAUCUGAGAACCUCGCUGAAGCUGUCACAAAUUUGUUUAAAAGGAAAGAAAAAGCUCUUCUAUUGAAAAUUUCAAGGGCGGCAUGGUUUGAUUCUGAGUGCCGUUGCAUGGAGUCAGCGUUUUCUGGAACUAUGAGCGAUGAAUUUAUCGAAACUUUAUCAUGUCACGCCAGAAGCAAUGCUGAAAGUGAGCCUCCUGCAAUGACUAAAACCACUGCUGAGAUCAUAUUCAAGGUGCAAAAGACAAAUGGAGAGACUGAAAUCAAGCUGAGGGUUCUCGAUGAACAAGCCCCGCUGCCUUUCGACUUAAGAAGAAAAUACAAGGUCCUGGCUGCAACGUCAACAUGCGCUGUUUUUAAGAUAGCCGAAACCAUAACUGGGGAAUUUCUAUGUGCCCUAUGGGGAGUUGUGGACGCCCACCACAACGAUGAAGAUGACUGCUUCAACGCAAUUGAAAGGCUAUGUCUGCAACCACUUACUGAUCUAUUUCACGACAGAGCCAACUGUGGGGAACAGUUUAAUAUGACAGAAGUGCUGAACUGAAGAGGCGAGAUAUCCUUGCCAUUUGGCUCUGCAUCUUUUAUUUCUUUUCAUAAACAAUAGGACAUUGCAUUUUUAAAGAUGGCCAAC